AAUUAAAGCAUUAAACGAAUCUGUCUCGCACAUAGAUACAAAUCAAUUUAAAUUGAAUGAACAAAGUUUUAAUCCAUUGAUCAUUACAGCAGUAUAAAAUCCAUUUAAACAAGUGAAUAAAAGCCAAUUUUGAAUAGAGAAGGAAUGAUAGAGAUGAACGUUUAUUUUUUAGAUUCGUAAAAUUUAGAGAGAAAAGUUUGAACAAAACAAAAUAAAUCGAAACCGAUUACACUUAAUACAAGCAGCCAUUUAAUACUAAAAUAAAUACCAAAUUCAUAUAUAAAUAUAUAUAUAUUUUAGUCAUUUUGUCAAGGAAAACGUUGCGCUUAACCAAUUCAAAAACAAAAAAUUAAUUAUAAAAUAAACAAAGGCAAACAACCUUCAACAAUUGAAAUUAAUAUAGCGGUGUGGGUGUUUAUUGGUAAAACCUAACAUUUUCCAAAUCAUAUAAUACCAUGCAAAUCAAUCAAUAAAACUCGAGUUUUUGUGUAAAGGCAUUGAAUUUACAUUUAUAUGGUCAAAAAUCAAUCAACGUGGAAUUCAAUAAAGUGUGAAAUUUAAUCAACACAAACAAAUCAACCAACCAACUAAAAUAGAAUAAACUGUAGAAAUAAUUGAGAAUUUCUCACAAAAACCAAUUCAAAGCAUUUUUUGGAAUUGAAAACAUAUUAUAUAUCGCAUAUGAAACAAAAAGUAGAUAAAAUAUUUGUUCAAAUUAUAUGUUUACAUUGAAAACAAAAAAAAAGUAUUAGCAACAUACAUGCUAUAGAAUUUGAAUAAAAAGGGAGAUAGUGAAAGAGGAAGAGUGCACAUUUAAUGUCAUUUUCAAUCACAAAAAUACACUGAAUUAAUAAACACCAAAGUAAAAAGGGUGCGAGAAGCGGCAGCAGAAGAAAAAAUCAACGUAUAUAAUAGAGUUGAUGGUAUUUCAUCUAAGUAGUGCUAAAUGAAAUAAUAAACUAUUUUUAUUAGAUAAUGCUAUUAAAUGUUUAUAACAAUGAGUAAAGCUAUUUUAAAGUGACGUGAAAAAGACAUUAACACAUGAAGUGAACUAUAAAGUCGUUGUGGCGGAAACGAUUUCAAAAAUUCUGUGCAAAAGAAGUAAUAAUACAAUAUAUAUACAUAUUUGUAUAGAGUUUCGGUGCGGUGAGAAAGUGAAAUUGUCCACGUUUUGAUGAAUGUUAGUGACUUGAUAUUAUUAAAUAUUUACAAAAGUUAAAUGUGAAAAGCUACGGUGUGACGAGCAGCAAAACGAUUUUCACUGAAACGCAAACCGAAACGGUUUGCUAAAUAGCUCAAAACGAAUAAUUAUUAUUGUGAAAGACGGGAGUGAAAAAAGAGAGACAUAGAUAGAAAGACAUAAGCGCGAUAAAGUUAAAUCAACAUGGCGUUGGCAAAUAUUUUACUGCACACCGUCAUUUUUCUGCACAUUAAAUGUGCCAUUAUGCAGAGACCGACAACGGGGAGUGACAAUAAUCCGACGGAAUUUAAUAUUGGAGGUGUGCUGAGCAAUGACGAAAGUGAAGCUCAUUUUCACGAUACGAUUGAGCAUCUCAACUUUGAUCACCAAUACGUGCCAAAGGGGUACGCUUACUACGAUAAGAAAAUUCGCAUAGACCAGAAUCCUAUAAAGACCGCCCUUAAUGUGUGCAAGCAACUCAUCUCGCAAAAGGUUUAUGUGGUAGUUGUUUCACAUGAAAAAACUGGUGAAUUGUCUACGGCCGCAGUCAGCUACACAUCAGGAUUCUAUCAAAUACCCGUUAUAGGCAUAUCAUCACGUGACGCAGCAUUUUCUGAUAAAAAUAUUCAUGUAUCCUUCCUAAGAACAGUACCACCAUACUAUCAUCAGGCCGAUGUUUGGCUGGAGAUGCUCGACCACUUUGGCUGGACUAAGGUCAUCAUUAUUCACUCGUCAGAUACAGAUGGGCGAGCUAUUUUAGGACGAUUCCAGACGACCUCACAGACCUACUAUGAUGAUAUAGAAGUGCGAGCAACAGUCGAAUCCAUUGUUGAAUUUGAACCAAAAUUGGACAGUUUUACGGAACAAUUGAUGGAAAUGAAAGCGGCUCAGUCUCGUGUUUAUCUUCUUUAUGCAAGUAAAGAGGAUUCCUAUACGAUAUUCCGUGAUGCGGCCGCCUUAAAUAUGACAGAAUCGGGUUAUAUAUGGAUUGUAACCGAGCAAGCAUUAAACGCAAACAAUACUCCAGAUGGUGUGAUUGGGCUUCAACUUGUACAUGCCAAAAAUGAAAAGAACCACAUAAAGGAUAGCGUUUAUGUUUUGGCAUCGGCGAUUAAAGAAAUGAUGAUUAACGAAACAAUAACCGUGGCACCAAAAGAUUGCGAUGAUUCGGGUACAAUAUGGGAAACAGGUCGUCGUAUAUUUCACUAUAUAAAAACGCGCAACAUUCGCGGUUCAACGGGACAAGUUGCUUUUGAUGACAAUGGUGAUCGAAUGUUUGCCGAAUACGAAGUGAUAAAUGUACGAGAUCGACAGCAUAAAAAAAUUGUCGGAAAGUUGCUGUACGAUACAGAAAAGCAAAAAAUGCGACUCCGCAUCAACGAUAAUGAAAUUCUGUGGCCGGGCAAAGAGGCGAAAAAGCCAGAAGGAAUAAUUAUACCACGACAUUUGAAAGUGCUGACGUUGGAAGAAAAGCCAUUCGUUUAUGUGCGUCAAUUGGGCGUUUUUGGUAGUAGUGGCAGCAAUAGUGGCAUUGAUAGUGGAAAUGGUGACGAUGCAACUCAUAUGUCACCAACGCAUUGUGAAGACAACGAGGUUCCAUGUCCAUUGUUCAACACAACCGAUGGCACAUCAAAUGAUUACUGCUGUCGUGGUUAUUGCAUUGAUUUACUGCGUGCACUUGCCAUUCGCAUCAAUUUCACAUACGAUUUGGCAUUGUCGCCAGACGGCCAGUUUGGCAAUUAUAUGUUGAAGAAUGUGUCAUCGCUGAAGGGUUCGGGCGUGAAAAAGGUAUGGACUGGACUGAUUGGCGAAGUUGUUGGUGAACGUGCCGAUAUGAUCGUGGCACCAUUAACAAUUAAUCCUGAGCGAGCCGAAUUCAUUGAAUUCUCCAAACCAUUUAAAUAUCAAGGAAUUACCAUUCUUGAGAAGAAACCAUCACGAUCCAGUACACUCGUAUCAUUCUUACAACCAUUUAGCAAUACGCUUUGGAUUUUGGUCAUGGUUUCUGUGCAUGUUGUUGCAUUAGUACUGUAUUUGCUGGAUAGAUUUUCACCAUUCGGUCGAUUUAAAUUAACAACAAACGACAACACCGAAGAGGAUGCAUUGAAUUUGAGCUCAGCCAUUUGGUUUGCGUGGGGCGUUUUGUUAAAUUCGGGUAUUGGUGAAGGUACACCACGAAGCUUUUCAGCUCGAGUGCUUGGUAUGGUUUGGGCGGGUUUUGCAAUGAUUAUUGUCGCAUCCUAUACUGCCAACUUGGCGGCUUUCCUCGUGUUAGAGCGACCCAAAACCAAAUUGAGUGGCAUCAAUGAUGCUCGUUUGCGUAACACAAUGGAAAAUUUAACGUGUGCAACUGUCAAGGGAUCAGCCGUUGAUAUGUAUUUUAAACGGCAAGUCGAACUAUCAAAUAUGUAUCGAACGAUGGAAGCAAAUAACUAUGAUACCGCAGAAGAUGCUAUUGAAGACGUUAAGUCAAAUAAAUUGAUGGCUUUCAUAUGGGACUCAUCGCGUCUAGAAUAUGAAGCGGCUAAAGAUUGCGAAUUAGUAACAGCUGGUGAGCUUUUCGGACGCAGUGGCUAUGGCAUUGGAUUACAAAAAGGUUCGCCAUGGACGGAUGCAGUUACGUUAGCUAUUCUCGAUUUUCAUGAAAGUGGAUUUAUGGAGUCACUUGACAAACAAUGGAUAUUACAUGGGAACAUACAAAAUUGCGAACAAUUUGAGAAAACACCGAACACACUUGGAUUGAAGAAUAUGGCGGGGGUAUUUAUAUUGGUUGGUGCUGGUAUCGUGGGUGGAAUUUGUUUAAUUAUCAUUGAAGUAGUUUAUAAGAAGCAUCAAAUCAAGAAGCAAAAGCGAAUCGAACUUGCUCGUCAUGCGGCUGACAAAUGGAGAGGAACAAUCGAGAAACGGAAAACGUUGCGUGCAUCAUUGGCAAUGCAAAGGCAAUACAAUGUUGGUUUGGGUACAUCAAAUCCAGGCACAAUUAGUUUAGCUGUUGAUAAUCAUCGAUAUGCGCGAAUAGCACAACCGCGUUCAAUUCACACCGUUCCGGAAAGAGCGUGGCCGGGUGAAACUGAUGCAGUUUUACGUAAUCGCCGUUUGGAAAAUGAUAACAACAAAGGACAUUUUCGAAAACUUCCACCGCCCCGAUAUUCAUCUGCCUACACAACUGAUGUGUCGCAUCUCAUUGUUUAAACACAAUGAACAACUUAAAUUAAAUUGCAUGCAAUUAGGUCAACGUUUUACAUUUUAAGGAAUUCAUUAAGUGAGAAUAUUGAAAAUGGAAACGGUAAAUAUUAUAUUUUUUUGGUGUAAGGAGCGAAUAUCAAUAUGAGAAUUAUUUUACAGUAUGUAGUAUACAAAGACAAGGUGAUUGAUCAUUUUAAUAGCCAAAGGUCAGCAGAGAAGGGAAAGAGUGUAUACAUAAAUAUAAAAUACACAUACAUUUUCAACCAAACAGUAAAUAUAUUCGAACACUUAAAUUGCCUAUUUCCAACGAUUUACAACAAUAGUAGUAUAUAGAAACGUACAAAUAAAAUCUUAUAAUCAUAUUUAUUGUUGUCAAACCAAUUGAGACUUUUUUGCAAAAUAGAAAAUGUUGUGAUACGACAUUUUUUUUAUAAAAAAAUAACGGCAAGACGUUUGAAUGCUUUGAAGUGCACGAAGUUACUCUGCUUAUAAUGCAGAUGGCAAUUCAAUCAUGAAACACCGAUCCAAAAUCCACUUAAUCCAAUUUCAAUUCCAUUGAUAAACAUUCGUAAGAAAGUAUGACACAUAAUUUCAAAAUACGAUGAAUGAAUACUUUGAUUUCCAAAUGAAAUCAGUUCACUGCAAAUGGUUUGAAUACGAAGGAAUUUAACUUGGUUAAAUUUAUUCGAAAGUAUUUGUAUAAUUAAUGUGAACACAAUGAAGGAGUGUAAACUGAAGUUUCCGUCGUGUCAUUGCCGGCAGUGAGGUUGAAUGAUGAAAAUAUUUUCUCACUCGAAAAGUACUUAAAUACAUUUAAGUUUGUAUGCCUUCCUUUGUAUAUUUGGAUUACAUUUAACUUUAAAAACUUUUUAAUCAAAAGUAGGGGAUUGAAAUAAGCAAGCGAUUGUAACCACAAUUGUUAUGCACAUACAGUAACACACACACACAUACACACACAUUGAUUACGGAUGAAUUUGUAUUUCGUUUACUUUAUAUUUUAUGUUGUAAUUUCAGUGGUGGCAAGAGCAAUAACCACAACAUCUUCGAUUUUUAUUCAUCUGGAAAGUGUUUACGCCGCAAAAUAUCAACAAUCUUACACUUUUGCUAAUUUGAAAUACGAAAAAAGUCGUAAAACUGUAAGUAAAAACCUCAACACCAUUGUAUAACACUAUACAAUAUACAAAUUCAUUAUCAACUGUAUUAAUUUAAAAUGAUUUUGUGUUAAGCUGCAAUUUGAAAUUGAACUCAAAUAAAUAAUUUAUAAGUACACGCGAUAAAUGCUUUAAAUUUCGAAAAACACUCAAGCUAACCCAUUUACUUGAUGCUGAAAUUGACGCUAUCAAUGUCAUUCGAGUUAAUUGUUUUCGUUAUUCUUUUUAUUUUGUGUACCUACGCAAAUUUUCAUAAGUAAUGAAUUUUGUGGUGGAUUUCCUGCACUAAUGAAAAGGCUCACAUUUAUAUAUUGCACAUUUUCUGGGAAAGCCCGUAAACACAAAACCCAAAUCUUUAAUCCAUCCGAUUCUAUUUUCAUUAUUCUCAAUCCCAAAAUAAUUGUUUAUUCCAUUUUAUUAGAGAGAAAAGAGCGAACGAGCGAAAGAAGAUGAUAUGAAAAUAGAAAAAAGAAGAAGGAUAAAUAAUACGUGUUUAGUCUCACUCAAAUUAGCCGUGAUUUGCACGCCAAUUUUUCAUAUUCAAUGCGCUUAUUUUGAAUUAGACGAAAUGAAAUGAAUUGUUUAUAUAAGUGACAUAACAAAUGACAUAAUGAAUGAAUUAACAACAACAACCAAUCUUUUUAGAAACAUUUAGCAACGAUAUUAGCGUUAUAUAAUAAUAUAUCGAUAUAUAUAUAAAAAAUUGUAGUAAACGCAAUAAUGAUGAUAAAAUGAAUGUGUCAUCAAUGUGUGAGAGAGUUGAACGUUUCAUGUAUUGGCCUAAACUAAUAUAUACAUUAUAAUAAAAUACUCUUCGAAAGCCGGAGAGUAUUAUCACCGAAGAAGAAGGAGUAAAAGCCUACUUAGUCGUUUUCUCUCCUCUAUUUCCCAUUUUCUCUCUGCAUAUUUCUCGAAACUCCAUUUAUCUUAAUUAAAUGUUUUAGAAAGCCAUUUUUAUUUCUAACUCUCACACCAUCCACACAAACACACAAUGGUAUUGCCUAUUAUUAUAUCUACCAAUCUCCUGUAAAGAUGUUCAAAUUAACGACAAACAAACUGUACCCCACCCUCCCCAUGGAUUGAAUGACAAUGCAAAGACAUGAAAAACCAACCACCCUGAUAAUAGCAGAAAUUCGUUUGUAACGACAACGAAAUGAUGCAAAGUACCUUUUUUUUCUUCUAUGCCCGUUUCGCAUAUGACCCAAAUCCCAACAAAUAUUUUGAUAUUAUUGCUUGCACGGCGUAGUCAGGGAAAAAUCAGGGUAUUUUAAUUAUCAAAUUUUUUAGAUUAUAACAAAUGAAACAAACAAUUCUGUUUUGGCCAAAAUGCUUUGAAAAAAACACAAACAUAACACAUACUCAAACAUCUCCAUUGAACGCUCAGUCCAAUCGUGCACAGUCUUGAACAAAAAAGAAAACAAAAAGAAAAAAACAAAAUACAAAUUGCUGCAAAUGGUAAUUAUAUUUAUUAUAGAUUUUGUUAAACAUUUAUGUGAGAUGCGUGAAUAUUUGUUUUGAUGUAAAAGAGGAAUAUUUUUGAGAUUAUGUAAAUAACAUUGUAAAAAGUGUUGGAGGCAAAGCGAUGUUACCCUUGCCUCGAGCGGAUCUAACAGCAGGAUAACGAAUGUUCUAACCACAGGAUCGAAGAAAACAAUAUAACUCUCUACCAUAUGCCACAUAGCAUAGAUUUAAAGUAGAAGAAAAUCACAUUGAAAAAGCAAUAGACAGUUGACAAAACAAAAGGAAAUUCCGCACACGCAACAAGAAGAAAAACGCCAAAAACCAAUAUAAUUGUAAUGAAUUGAAUUAAAAAUGAACAUGAGUGUUUUAUAGUAAAAAGGAUGUUAGAUUUUGGAUUUAUUUUUAAGUGUAUUUUCUAAAAUGGGAAAUAGCAUUUGCUAAGAACCAUCAUGUAUUUGUUGUUUGUUUGUUAAAAAAAAGAAUGUAUUUAUGUAUUAUUUUUGAUGAAAACCAUUCAUCAAAUGCUAAAUCGUGCUGUGUUUCAAUGGAAUGAUCAUUCAAUGACAAAUGUUUUAUAGUAAUACUUACAAAUAUUCGGAUUUUCCGAGCAUUUUUUCUCCAUCUGAUGAAAGUCCCUGUAUUAUUGCAUGAAGAAAAUAACGUUCUUGUUCAGAUAUCCAAAUGUUCUUUUGACGCUUCAAAACUAUAGAAGAAGUUUGGAUUUUUUUACAAACUUCAAAGUUUUUCUGGACCCUUUUAAAAAGACUUUGACAAAAAAAAA